GAACCUAGGUACCUGAAUCGACCUUUUCACAUGCGUUCCCCCGCUGCAUCAUCGGUCCUUUUACAUUUGUGCGACACUUUCAAACAGCAUGGCCAAGUCACGCAGAGAAGCGGAGAAUGAGGUGCGGUCGUGGGGAUUCGAACAUGUAUUCACAUGGACUGAUGGACCAAAUGCUCAUUAUCCUCCCCAUUCGCACGCUGGUUUGACUACCCACCUUAUUUUGAGUGGCCGAUUGACCAUCUCAUACCCACAAGAUCCGAAUCCGAAGAGGGAGACUUUCGGUCCUGGCGCCAGGCUCGAUGUUGACGCCAAGCGAGUGCAUGAAGUAUGGAUUGGUGACGAAGGCUGCACAUACGUUAUCGGGGAGUGAGGUUCGAUUUUGCCUUGAUUCACUGGAUCCACAAUCUGGAGCGUAUCUGGCGUUGAAGCUGCAGGAACACUCUGACGCAGCAGCUGAUUACUGUUUGCAGCAUUGACGAGUUCUGGUCCCCAUGUGCCGAAUAGAAGAAUCUUGCCAACUGAACAACAUCAUAGGCAUUGAAGCACCUAGGAGCCAGAGGAAAGUGCCGCCUUAUCCGGCUAGGAUGCAGUGCUUUAUUCCUCCAUUCCUCCUAAGUCGAGAACGAAACGUUGGAAAAUGCUCCAGUCGGCGUUCAGAAUUACCUAGCCUACUGUGAGUAACACGAUUAACACUAUGCCUUGACUUUGUUAUCUAAUCAUUCGAAUGUCU